CAGCAACUCGCGAGAUUUUCGGACUUCGGAAUUUGUCAACGACGCGGUACCGGCAAAGGAUCAAAUAAAUAUUGUUUAAUUCAAUUAAAAUUUCUACAUAUGUAACAAGUGAAAUUUUGUACACCAUGGCUGAUGAAACACGUAGAAAAAAUGUGAAAGUGGUCGUAUUGGGCGAUAUAGGAAGAAGUCCACGUAUGCAGUAUCAUGCCUUGUCCCUUGCAAACAACGGACUUAACGUGAAUAUUAUCGCUUACGUGGACAGUAAACCGCUCACCGAGAUACUGGAGCACCCUCAAAUAACUAUAACUAAAUUACAACCGCUCGUUUUUAACGCUGGGCCCAAGAUAUUUCAAUACGCGCUAAAAGCUUUUUGGCAAGCCGUAAGCUUGCUUCUUACUUUAUUUGUAACUGGAAAAUGUGACUACCUACUCUGUCAGAACCCUCCAGCGAUUCCCACCUUACCAAUCUGCCGUUUUUACUGUCUGGUCACUAAAACAAUAUUCAUAAUAGAUUGGCACAACUAUGCAUACUCCAUAAUGGCAUUGUCAUUGCCUCCAAAGCAUUUCUUAAUGAAGAUAUCUAAGUGUAUUGAGAAAUAUUUCGGCCAAUCUGCGCGACACAACCUAUGCGUCACGUAUGCUAUGAAACAGGACUUGCUGGACAACUGGGAUAUUGUAGCUAAAGUUCUUCAUGAUAGAGCACCAAAUAUGUUCCACCCAAUAACACUAGAAGAGAAACAUGCAUGGUUUUUAAAGAUUGGUCAACAGUACCCAGAAUUUGCGUGCACAGGGCGGGAGCAACUGAACCAUCCAUCUGGAGAUGGUGUUACAAAGACCGCAUUUACACAACUAGUAGCAUCACAAGUGGAGGCACGUAGUGACCGGCCUGGUUUGUUGUUUAGCAGUACUAGUUGGACUCAAGAUGAAGAUUUUGGUGUUCUAAUGAAAGCAUUGGAAGGUUAUGAAACGGCGUACAUUGUAACGAAAAGACUACCAAAACUUGUAUGCGUCAUUACAGGCAAGGGUCCUAUGAAGCAACAUUAUAUGGACAAGAUUUCCCAAAGCAAAUGGCAGCACAUCAAAGUGGUGACACCCUGGUUGGAAGCUUGUGAUUACCCUACAAUGGUGGCUAGUGCUGACUUAGGAGUUUGUCUUCAUACUAGUUCAUCUGGACUAGAUUUACCAAUGAAAAUUGUGGAUAUGUUUGGUGCGGGUCUACCUGUUUGUGCUUUUGAAUAUAAAUGUCUCAAUGAACUAGUGCAAAAUGGCAUAAACAGUUACACAUUCAAAUCAAGUGAAGAGCUUUCAAAGCAGAUAGUAAAUUGGUUUGAAGACUUCCCCAAUAAUGAGGUCCAGAACAAAAUUGCCGAAUGUAUGAAGAAUCAUCUCACAAAUUUUCAACAGUCAAGAUGGGAGGAUAAUUGGAACCUUCGGGUGAAGCAAUUAUUUGAGUAGAUUGUAGAGUACACUUGAGUACAAAUAGACAAGUUAACCCUUGGCAUAUCACAGAACGCUACGCAGAACUAAAUGCUGUUAUUGCACAUUACAUACGACGACCUCCAUGGUCGAGUGGCUAGCACGGCAUUCGUGGUUUCGCCUUCUCUGAGGGCCCGCGUUCAGUCCCGGUCUUGGGCCUGGGUGUUUGUGGUACCGUCGGUUGUUUCCAACUUCCAUAACACAAGUGCUUUAGUUACUUACUUUGGGGUCAGAGCAACAUUAUGUGAUGUCUAAUAUUUAUUUAUGACUAAUUAUUGUUUAUUUUAAUAAGAUCACGAAAAUCAAUGUGAAAUGUAAAAACCACCACCAGUAUAAAAAAAUUUAGAUAGAUUUAUAUGAAAUAUAUCAGUGAAUUGGAAGUCUGUUUUCUACAGUACAAUGGAAGUCAGUUGUGGCUUCUUGCUAUUGCAGAUUUAAGGCUCGAUUUACAAUGCGGCGGAAUAUUUUUAUUGUUCCGUACGAUUACAUUGUGCUAAUUAUGAACUUUAUGGUUUUUUUUUAAUGUAGAUAUAAGUAAAAAAAAACAGGUUGUGCGUCUUCCGGAUAAUUUGAUGAUCCCGCGCGGGAUUCUGGCAUUCUCGAGAAUGUUCGCAUAAAAUUCCAGCAGCCGCCAUCGUCGAAUGCACGGGAAGGCAGGCGCAUUGCGAUGGAAAGCGUCUUCGAAAUAGGUUAGGAACUUACAUAUGUACCAUGCAUAACAGAAAAAACAUGGAUUCAGAUGAAAAGUUGAUUUGUUUGGUAGAAAAUGUGAUAAUUUGUACAAUAAAGCUUGAUUUUAUUGAAAAAAAUUCUAAAGACUGCAGAUAACCAAAAAAUUUGACAAAUAUGUAAAACAUGACAAAUUAUUUUAUCGUUUACGGGACGCUUAAGACUAACGCACCGGGAAAGACAUAAAGAGUAGAUGGAUAUAUGGACAUACAAAUCUCUGCAAAAUGUUUCACAUUGUCAAAAUUGUUUUUGAUAAAUCAUGGACCCAAAUGUCUUUUCUAUUUCUGUUCUCCUUUUCUUCUUUUGCUUCACUUAUAAGCGAAUUAAGUCCAAGUCCAUUAUCCUUAUGCAAAAGAUCUAGACUGAACACCUGCUACUGGCUCACAGGGGAAUUCUUGUGAAUGCACAAGCACUGCACGCGUCAUCCGUGAGCUGAAUUUCACCUCCAUGCCGCCGGAUUGUAAGCCUAAGACCCUAAGUACAAAGUCAAAAUGGUUGCAUGAAGAUAUUCAUGAUACUAUGAAAAGUACAAGUAGGUUUGCAACAAGUUUGCCAGCGUCAUUCAUAGAAUAAUGUCCAAGUAAUUUAGCAGAUGGGGUCCUGUGCGUGUGGAAAUUAUUAGAGCUCAAAUGAUACAACAUUCCAUUCGCCCAAUUGUCAACUUAAUACUAUGUGAUGAAGAUAUUUUUUGUAAUCAUUGUUUUUUUACUACAUGAAUUCUAGUUAUGUGAAAGGCUGAAUGGAAAUAGGAAUGCUUAGUUGAAAUGUUUUAAAAUAAAUAUAUAUGCUGCAUUUCCCAUUUCCAGCUUCAGGGCGGAUUGACAUAAUGGCAAAUGUAGUCAAACCAUUGUGCAAUUAUUUGUCAUGUCUUUUUUACUUUGAA